UGUCCGGUUGCCGUGGAAACACUGGAGACACAUUGGACGCUGAAGGUGAAGUUUCGAACUUCUAGGAGGGUGAAUGCGAACAGCCUUUUCUCGAUAAACUUGAACCAUCUAGAAAGUUUCUUUGGUAGAGCAGCAGCUUAAAAUGAACAUUUCGGAGAGUCCUGAAGAGGUAUCGCCCUUAGCUGCUGAAAAUGCACCCCUGAAUACCUGGACAGAUGAGGAAACCGGGGAUGAUGAGCCUGGAGAGGAGGGUUUCAGAGAUGAAAAUAUGUCCUUUUCAAAUGCUGAAGAUGAGUUCACAGAAUUUGAUUCUUCCACAAGUUGCGAUGAGAUGGAGGCCGAUGUGGCCGCAGACAGCAGUAAGAAGAGCUAUGCCGAGAGAGCGCGGAUAUUCAAGCUGAGAAGAAACCUGGACCAGCUGGACUCGUUCUACAAACAGAAGGAGCACGAUGUCCUGAAAGCCAGGGAGGAGCUGAAGGCGUGUCGGGGGAGCAUCGUUGAGCUGGAGAAGCAGAGAGGCGAGGUGGAGAGAGACAUCGAGCAGCAGAGAGAGGCCGACAACACCGCCGCGGUGUUCCGCCUCCGGUCCCGGCACAGGCGGCUGUGCGCGGAGCUGCUCGCAGAGGAGGAGCUGGAGUCACACAUCGCCCAGGAGCUGAGAGCGCACGAGCUGGAGCUGUGUCAGGUGGAGGUGGAGAGGGGGCGCUUCUCUCCGCUGCGGCAGGAGGUGGAGCAGGAGGAGCAGGUCCUGGAGGCGGAGCGCGCGCGGAGAGCCGCCCGCCGCCUGGAGCAGGAGGACGCCGUCGCCCGGCGAGUUCGGCUCAGGAGGCAGCGGGAGAGGAGGAAGCAGAGGGACCUGGUGAAGGAGCAGGAGGAACGCCGUCGCCAGGCAGCGGAGGAGGCUCGGGCCAGCCACCUGAGAGCCUCCGUGUACUUCAAGGAGACCAUGAGCAGAAUUCGCCAGAAAGAGGCUGAGAAGGAGCUGCAGAGCCGGGAGAUGAUGGAGAGAAGGAUGCAGGCGGUGCUCUCGCUGAAGUCCAGUAUCACGGCCACACAGGAGAAGCUGCGCGCCAAGCAGGCGAGAGACAGGGCCUAUCCAUUAAAGCAGGAGGAGGAGGAGGAGGAGGAGAUGCCAGCCGCAGAGGAGCAGCAGGCCCAGAACAGAAACAUCACCAGACGCAAGCACCGGCAGAAGCAACCGCAGGGUUCCCAGAAAAAGAAAGAAUUGUUUGUGGAGCAGCAGAAAUCAAAAAAAGUUGAAACAAUCUCCAGGGUAUCACUGGAGGAGACCUUACACGAAAAACUCAAGAAAACUCGUUCUCUACUUUUCCCACCAACUCCACCAAGCCUCAAAAAGACGUCAGGACUGGAUGCUUCUGCAGAGAACCUAAGGCAGUCCCUGGAUGCAGAACGAGCACCAGCAAAGCCACAGAGACUGAGGCCUGACUGGCGCACACCGUCCCCCAUGUCAGACGAGGACAGCCGAAGUAGCGACGAUGGCGGCUCCGCCGUGUUCCACCCUGGCUCCGCCCACCCCGCUGGGAAUCUCAGGAGCGAGGAUGAGGAGGAAAGGGAAGAGGAAGAGUGCCUUGCCUUGCCUGAAUUCACGGGGUUGUGGGACCUGAAACACAGGGAUUACAAGGAUCUCCAGGACGAUGAAGUGUCCAUCUGUACUACAGUGCAUGAUGGGCUUGCCCUGGCGCAGGCCAAUCAGCAGAGAGCGCUGCUCAGGAAUAAGGCAGCGCUGGGAAAAGAGUUCAGGGGCUGCCCCUUCGUCAGCAAACCAGAAUUCAUUCAUUUCAAGGACUUUGAUGUUGGAAAGACGUACAAGAAGAAGAUUACGCUGACCAAUGUCACAUACUCCACAAACUACUGCAAACUGCUGGGUGUCACUGAGCUUCUGAAGGAUUUCAUUUCAAUACACUUUGAGCCGCCCGGUCCUAUGUCACCUGGAAUGGCCUGUGACAUGAUGGCCACCUUUAAACCAAUGAUAAAUAAAGAUUUGGAUGGAGAAGUGCAAUUUUUAUCUGCAGCUGGACCGUUUUCUGUGCCUCUCAGAUGUACCAUCAAGAAGUGUUCUCUCUCGAUCGAUUGCGGCCUCAUUGACUUCGGCACCCAUGUGGUGGGGGAGACAAUUUCACGGACAAUCACCCUGACCAACCAGGGGGCGGUGGGCACGUACUUCAUCCUGGUUCCCUCUGCCCACUCCGAACCCGAGCUGCCCGUCUCCGAGCCGGUCUCUCGGGAGGCACAGGUGACCCCCCAGGACCAGAGCGACCCAGGGGCUGUUCUGGAUGAGCGGGGGAGCGCUGUGCAGCAGGAGGGGGGAGAGUCUAAAACAGAGGAAAGGGCUCCCAAGCUUUCUGCUGCGAUAGAGUGCUCCAGCACAGAGCGCAAACAAUCCGCCGCGGGGGGCUCCUCAGUAAGAUGUCCGACUCCAGACGACCCCGAGGCGACGGGUCCGGACGGUUCUUCAAGGUCGGCGUCUUCCGAGCAGAUUGGAGCGGAGCUGCGGGAGUCCGGUCGGGAGGACAGCCUGGACUGCUGUGAUAUCAGGGCUGGAGAGGGGAGAGAAGGCGAAAUCGGGCCCUUCGGAUGCGUCAAGCUGCACAUCGUUUUCACGCCGACCGUGCUGGGAGAGGCCAAGAUGGACUUCCACAUCAGGUUCUCCGACCCCGACUGUCAGCCGAUCCCUAUCGCCGUGCGUGGGAUGGGGGUCUGCGUCCCCGUGUGGGUGGCUGAGCCCAACAUCGACCUCAAAAUCUGCAUGUACGAUCGACUCUACCAGGACAGCAUCGUGGUGCAGAGCAGGUCCAACACCGCGCUCAGGCUCACCUUCGAGGUGCGCAAGGAGCUGAGGAACCACAUGGAGGUCCUGCCGAAGACCGGCUACGUCCAGGCCAGGUCCAGCUUCAACGCGCAGCUCAAGUUCCUGCCCAGGUUUUCCUUGCCGGAGGAUGCUGAGGGCUUCUUCGACAGAGAGACGGGAGUUCUGGAAGUCCCGAUGUCAGUGCAAGUGGCCGAUCAGGUCCGUCCUGUUGCGUUCACGGUCAACGCCAUCCUCACAACCUCCGAGCUGGAGUUUGACAGGACGGAGGUGGAUUUCGGGCACUGUUCCGUUUUUGAGUCGGUGAAAACCAGCGUCCUGCUCAGGAACCGUUCCCUGCUUCCUCAAGACUUUGGUUUCCUGGGAAUCCCAGAGUUUGUGGACGUGCAGCCCAACGAUGGCUUCGGCACACUUCUUCCCCUGGAAACUCUGGAAAUAGAUGUCAUUUUCAGCCCCAAGCAGGCCACAGAAUACAAAUUCCAGCUCAACUGCAAAUCCGGAAUUAACAGGGACUUUAAGCUGAGGUGCAGCGGCGUGGGGGUCCACCCGCCCCUGGAGCUGUCCCACUCGCUGGUCCAGUUUGGGGCGACGGCCGCGGGCGACGUGUCCACCGCCGUGCUGCACGUGGUCAACGCCCACACGGGCCACGGCGAUCUCGCCCGCCCGCCGCCCCGCGUCGGCAAGGGCCCCGCCUCGCCCGCGGGACCCAGGCUGUUCCAGUUCGCCGUGCCGGAGAGCUCCGAAAUCAGCAUCGCCCCCACCACGGGACGGGUCCUGCCGGGACAGCGCUGCCUGGUGCAGGUGACCUUCAGGCCCACGGUGUGUGACGAGGCGGUCCGAGAGGAGGCCGUGCGCCUGCUGUGUCAGGCGGAAGAGCUGCGCGUCAGGGAGCAGGAGAAGGCCCAGAAGGAGAAGGAGCUGGAGGACCUGAAUAAGAAGGACGAGCCGCGUGACUCGAAGAGAGGCAAAAAUCAGUCGUCCAGACGCUCCUCAGCCAAGCCGGCCCUCAAGGAGAAGGGCAGCAAGCCGUCCCCCACGCCCAAAAUCUCCAGCCCCUUCCGACCGCCCCACCCGGCAGACAUCAGGCCGGAUUCAGACGAGUUCGCUGCAGGCAAGGCGUCUCUGCUGCUUUCCUUCGCCCAGCGCUUCACCCGCUACGUCAUCCCCUGCUUCGUAUCCAACGGCGACGCCACCGACCAGCAGCUGCCCAGCGACCUGCUGUUCAGCCCCCACAACACCCUGUACCUGGAGCUGCACUGUCCGGCCGUCAGGCCCGCCAUCGCGGUCAUUUCAAACAAGGGCCGCAGAACCGUCAACUUCCACCAGGUGGCAGUAGGCCAGCGAGUCAUCCAGAAGGUCACAAUACAGAACACUUCACAGGAGUCUCUGGAGCUGAGAUCCUCGCUGCUGGACCUCAGCGGACCUUUCAUGGUUCUGAACGCCCUCCGGCCUCUGGGGCCUCAGGCCACACACUCCAUCGUCCUGAGUUUCUGUCCCACGUCGGGUAAAAAGUACCGCGAGACUUUGGACAUCAAGAGCGCCGAGACGACCCUCCGCCUGACGCUGUGCGGCGCCGGCGUGGACCCUGCCGUCACCUGCUCGCACGAGGGGAAGGUCCUGGACUUCGGAUACGCGUUGGAGAGGGAGAGCGCCUCGCGGGUGUUUAAGCUGCAGAACGCCUCCUCCCUGCAGGUGCGGUUCAGGGUUCACCUGGACAGUCUCUCUCUCGCCAGGCAGCGGGAGCAGGAGGAGCUGCCAGCUUUCCUGGCUUGCGGCUCUCGGCUGCAGCCCACUGUGGGUACCCAGAACUACAGUGGUCUUAGCGUGUUCAGCGUGGCGCCAGUAGAGGGCACCAUACCUCCGGGGAAAUCGCAGGACGUCACCGUAACGUUCCGGCCGGACCACGAGAGCCUCCACUACUCGGACAGGCUGACCGUGGAGCUGACGAAUAAGCAAACAGUGUGCGCGUUUGACCUGAAGGGGGCAGCGUGCCUGCACACUAUGUUCCUGUGUGGUGGAGACCCUCUGGGCGUGCCGGUCGAGUCCCUGGCCACCUUGCCUCCCAUCGGUGACCCGGAGGUUGCAGAAGCAGAGAAGCCCCCGCUGGCCGUCCUCCUCACGCUCAGAAGCGUCUAUGGUGAGAGCGGCGUCCUCCCGGCUGUCCGUGAGCUGGAGGUGGGCUGCAUCCGCUGCUCCCUGCCCACGGCCAAGAAGCAGAACGUGGAGUUCAGCUGGGACGGCCUGCCGCCGCUGCAGGAGCGGGGCUUCACCGUGGAGCCGGCCAGGGGAGCCGUGGAGCCCGGGACCAGGCGCUCCAUCACCGUGACGUGGGCGCCACCCAGUGGCUUCAGCCCGCAGGAGGUGGUGCGUGCGUCCGCUCGGCUGACUCUGAGAGGAGACGAGACCGAGGUGUACAGCGUCACGCUGCUGGCGGCCCUCGCGAAUGAUCAGCCGCGGGAGCAGCGGGAGCAGCGGGAGCAGCCUGCACAGCGCUCACUCACAGGAGAGAAGCCAGAGACCAUCAGUCCUGCACAGGCAAACGUGUGACAGCAUUCAGCAAGCCCUCUGUGAAAGAAACACAACUUCAAACAUUUAAAACAUUGUGAUAUUCUCCUGGUCAGUGGUAAUUUGACCAGACUUAAGAACUGGUUGGAUGGCAGGAAUGCAUGAUCAGGCAGUUUUCACUUUUUUAAUGCAAUGUGCUGCUUUUUUUGUUUUUUAGGAGCUAAAUGACAGUGGACAUCCACCACCUUUGUCACAUUUAUUACAGACUUUCAAGGUGACAUCACUACACAUUUAAUGUUUGAACACAACCUUCCUUACGUGUAAUAACACUUUAUUAACAAAAGAUGUUUGUUUUCAUAAUUAAGACGGUCAUUUGAAACCCUCAGCCCCUCCCUCUUGCUGUGAGUUGUAGUAUUGUCCUUGCUGAUUGUUCAUGGGUUUCCUCAAGUGCCCUGGUCUGUUCAGACACUGGCUUGAAGCAGAGGCUAAGCCCUGCAGCCUGGCCAGGAGCAACAAUCUAAUUCAUCAGUUUAAUACACACAUUUCUAGGCUAAGCUAGUUUUUGUCCUCCUGUGUGAAGAUUAUCAGAUUUGUGCUAAUAGACAGUAGGGUUGCAGCCACAUCCACAGCAGGAGUACUGUAGGGACAGGACCCGAGAUUUGAGAUGUAAUUUUAAACUGGAAGUAACAGCAGCAUCUCAAUAGAAUUGAGUUUGCUUGAGCAGCUCAGGGAAGCCUCGUUUUUAUCCUUAAAAACGUGCAGACCUGGAAAAAGGAACCCUGUUGUAAUGCGUAAUUGUUAGCUAUCAAGUGUCCAUUCAUUCCUUACGCAUUAGAGAAAAGGGGGUGAUUUUAAGUUCUGAGGUAAGAGUGCAACUCAUCAGGAAGGAAAUUGAGAUCACUAUGUGGUGAAAGCAGCCCUCUGGUUUUAUGUAAAUGGUAAAUGGACUGCAUUUAUAUAGCGCUUUUAUCCAAAGCGCUUUACAAUUGAUGCCUCGCAUUCACCAGAGCAAUUAGGGGUUAGGUGUCUUGUUCAGGGACACUUCGACAUGCCCAGGGCGGGGGAUCGAACCGGCAACCCUCCGACUGCCAGACAACCGCGCUUACCUCCUGAGCCAUGUCGCCCCAACAAUGUAUGCAUACCUACUGAACUGACUGUAAGGUGGGAGGAUUUUUGUGGUUAUCCAUUAACUGUUUAAACUAGUAUGCUUGAUAAAAUCCAAAUUAAAAAACAUACUACUGCUUUUAGAGAUGUGAUUAUUACAUUUUAGAUUUUUAAAUAAAGGGUGUGUAUUUAUCAUAGCCAUUGGGCCUCUGAUUAUACAGUAAAGAAGAAAUAUAUGUUGUAAAAUCAAGUUGCAAUCGUUUAGAAAGGAGAGGACUGACUUUUUUGUUUUGCAUUUUUGUAUUAGUAUGUAAAUGUGAUUAUAAGUGUAAAACUUUCUUCAAAUAAUAUUUGAGAAUGUGCAAGUAAUAAGAAAGAACACGUUUUUACAACAGCAUUGUCCCAGAAGAAACUUUCAUCUGAUUGAAGGCAUGUGGUUAUUUCUCUUUCCCCAACCAAUUAAUUUUCCAAUUCAACAGGAAAAUGACUGUCGCUCAAAAACUGUUGAAAAUGUGUUAAGAACAGCAAAAUAAAACUCAAAUACUUUUUCAAAGA